AUGGGGAACAUGCUGGAGGAGGGGAUGAACCCCGUCAUCGUCAGCCACUACAAUCACUCAGGGAAGUGGGACCGGCCUCGCAGCAGCGGGGCCUGCAAGAUGGCCGUGCUGCUCUUUAUCUGCGUGCUGAUUGUUCUAGAGAAUGUCACGGUCCUGCUCGCUCUCUGGAGGAACAAACGCUUCCACAGCCGCAUGUACUUCCUCAUUGGAAACCUGGCGCUGUCAGACCUGCUGGCUGGUGUGGCCUACGUGGUCAACAUCUUUACCUCGGGACGCAACACAUAUUUCCUGACACCAGUGCAGUGGCUGGCCAGAGAAGGGAGCAUGUUUGUGGCCCUCAGUGCAUCCACGUUCAGCCUCUUGGCCAUUGGGAUUGAGAGGCACAUGACUAUGGUGCGUUUGCGUCCGUGUGAGACGGCAGGUCGGGGGAGACUUCUAGGACUGUUGGCUGCCUGCUGGCUUGUGUCAGUGCUGCUCAGUGCCCUGCCCAGUCUGGGCUGGAACUGCCUGAAAAACAAGGACUCCUGCUCCACAGUGUUGCCGCUCUACGCUAAGAGUUAUGUGGCCUUCUGCAUCAGUGUGUUCAGCGCCCUGUUGGUGGCCAUCAUCAUCCUCUACAUCAGGAUCUACCGCCUGGUGACCUCUAGCGGCCGCAGGGUGAGCAGCCGGCCUUCAGAGCGCUCGUUGGCCCUGCUGCGGACAGUAGUUAUUGUUCUUGGAGUGUUUGUCAUGUGCUGGACCCCCCUCUUCCUCCUGCUGCUGCUGGAUGUUGGCUGUAGCCCAGAUAAGUGCCCUGUGCUCUACCAGGUGGACUGGUUUAUAGCCCUGGCUGUGCUCAACUCUGCACUCAACCCUCUAAUAUACACUCUGUCCAGCAGGGAGAUGAGGGCGGCCUUCUUCAGGCUGCUGUGCUGCUGUCAGACCAGCAUGGAGCACACUGGGACCCCUGUGGUGGGUAACCCCCACCUGGGCACUGUCAUCCCCACAGCGGAAAACAGCAAAACCAGUGGAGGAGGGGGCAGUGGGGCUGGCAAGUCCACUCUGAAUAGAGGGAGGGUUCCCACACCGAUGAACUCUGACAACAAACAUGGAGAUCCCUCAGCCACUGCUGUGCCCCAUCCUUCUGGUCCUGCAGACCUGCUCUCAGCUGUGCUGGUGAAGGCGGGGGCGCUGCCGACCCUAAGCAAGUUCUGAGUGGAAGCACCUUAAUGAGGCCUUACUGCAGGGAGACUCAACUUGCUUUGCCCAGGGGCCAGUUAUGAACAAACAAUAAAAAUCAGGGCUGCACGAUUUUGUAAAAAAUAUCUAAUUGUGAUUUUGACAGGUAUCGCAAUAAUUGAUUCAUGAUAAGAAUCAUUCAUUAUAUGAUUCAUUGGAGGGAAUGAUAAUUUUUGCAUCAUUACUCUCAAUUUAAUCCAAAAAUAUAUUAAAAUGAUCUUGAUGUGACUUUCUGUGAGGAUCUGUACAAAACAAAGAUUUGUCUGCAGAAUGUAAUUUGUGAGACAUUUAUGCAGCAGAACAAUCCUUCAUUCAGAUGGUACUUUGACACAUAUUGUGCCUUAUAAUGUGCCAAAUUCUGCGCCUCAUGCAAUUUGGAUAUUGCACUAAUCCAUAUUGCAAUUUCAGUGAACUUUUGAUUAAUUGUGCAGCCCUGUUAAUUAUAUUUAUCAAAUAAAAAUGAAUUAACAUCAGGAGGCCCGUAAUCCUGUUGCAGCAGCUCUGCACAGGUCAGGUGUACGCCGGGGCGUUUCUGGGAUUUGAGGACAUUCAGGACUUAGCCUAAAAAUCUGUUGGGCCAUAUUUUGAUGCUUUUUUAAUGCAGUCUGGCACCUUAUUUACAAACAAAAAAAUCCCAUUGUGAAGUUAGAAAAUGGUCAGAUUUGGCCUCCCGGCUGUAAGUUGAGUUUCUCUGUUUUACAGUCACACAGAAGUAGACAUAGAACUGACACAGUCCUGCUAUCAGCCACUUUUUGUUUCUGCACUAUGGCCAGUGUAGCAGUGUAUAUGAUGAAGUAAUGGUUUUCAGCUGGAACCAUAUUAAUGCAGUAAGAGUACAAUCAAAAUAAUUUAAAGCCACUAUUUACAACAACUUUACAAUAAUACUCACAACAUUAAAAGUCAUUGAUAUGUUGUGUUUGUCUUACACAGGAAUUCAUGUUUAGUGUUUCACAUUUCACAACUAUGCAAUACAAAAGGACAGUUUCAUAGUCAUGGAUGAACCCAUUUGUGACCAAAGAGUUUAUGUAUUAAAAUAUAUGAUGAUACACGUUUGAAGUUACAUCACAUGAAAAUUCACACUUUUAUCAAUGUUUUUGAAACAUUUUGUGAUUUAAAUGUUUCCUAUAUGACAUUUUUUUUACACUGCAUAUUUAUUUACAACUUUGAUAUUUAACUUAUUAUUGGUCCAUUCCAAAUACUUGAUUGUGGUCCAUGUAGUUUCUGAGAUACAGUUAUCUUGUUAUCAUACAAUAGUCAGUCUUUGGGCACACAGGGCUAUCAUUUAUCUCUAAAAAAAAAACAUUAAGAAAAAAAGUGGUCCCAUGUGCCUACAGACAAGACAUAAUGUGAUCAUAAAAAAAUGGGAUUUCAGCAGAACACUGCAACUGAUUUUGAAAAUGUCUUCACAUUUUUGCCUAGGCAAUCCCAGAGAACAAAAAAGUAAAAAAUUUUGUUGUGGUCACAAAUGGGUUAAGCCGAGCCCCAAAUGAAGUCUCUUGUCU